GAGACAUGGAUUGUGUGUGUGCCAUUCAGAGGGUGAAUGGCAGGACAAAAUAUUGAGUGCCUUUGAACGGGUAUGGUGGUAGCUGCGCUAGGCGCACCUGUUCUUCGUGUUUUGUACAAUCAGUGUAUAUUUUUCACAUUGAUUUAUUUUUGUCAUCGCCAAGGUUAUUGUAGGGUUAAGUGGUGACUUGAAAUUAAAACAACAAGGGUGAUGAAUAGGCUAUGGGCUAUUGCCUAAUGUAAAUUAUAAGAUUAUGAAACCAGCCAUGAUGAGUGGCUACACUUGUUGCGGUCAUGUGACGAAGCAUUAACCGGUUAAAUCAAAUGGAGAGUGAGCGCGCCCUGCAUUCUAUGUGACGUUAAACUGCUGCACAACCACUUCAGUUUUGGAUCCGUGCGUGUCUAGGUUACUCAGCCUAAAUCACAACUAGUCUCUGAUGUUUUAAGCUAUGACUGAAUGUUUUGGGAACGACAUAUAUAUAUAUAUUCUACAAUUGGGUUAAGUCUUAGAAUAAAGAAAAAAUGUUAAAUUUCGUCUUGCAAGAUGUCUCAAACAACACGGAGCAAAACACAACAACGCCUGAGGACUGGACUGUUGUGUACUUUGCAGUCAGGUGGAUCCAGAUGACUAUGGCAGUGCUGAGCAUUGUCGGUUCAGGUUCCAUAAUUGUUUAUGCAACUUUCCAACACCUUAUAAGGACACCUGAGACUCCAAAACAAUGGCCAAUACCACCUCCUCUGCAGAUCCAGCCAUUGUUCUUACUGAGUGUGACAGACUUGCUGCUGGCAGUCAGCUGGCUGGUAGGAGCAGUACUGUUCACCCAGGACUGUGAAAGCCAUGCCACCUGCUACAACCUACACAUCGUUGAACAGAUCCUGUAUAUGACCUCGUUCUUCUACACAUUGAACUAUGUAUGGACCCUGUACUCUGGGCUAAAUAACAGAUUCUACAGUAGCCUUCAUGGAUACCCAGCCCAAUGCGCCACCAAACUGAGAAGUUUCAGCAAGAUUGCUGCAGUCCUGUCAUGUGUCCUCCCCGUGCUGCUGAUGCUGCCAGUGUUUGUAACAGGAAACAUGGACCACUGUUACACAAACUUCAGCCAGCCUUACAAGUGCCUUCUAAUGCACACGGAGGCACUCUUCAUGUCCACUGACUUGAGCAAGAUGGAGGUGGACUCAGCUUGCCGCCUGGGACACAUGUACAGUAUUGCUGUCUUCCUGGCAGUGUUCCUCCUCACCUUUGUUGGCAUUGUGGUGAGUCAGCCUAUCCCAUGGUUACCAGCUUAUAGUUAUUUUAUUCAAACCUUGGCUUCACACGUCUUUUGUCUGCACCAGGUGCUCAUGGGAAAAGCCCGCACUGUUUACAGACGUUGUGUGAGUUCUAGCGGUUUCCUCGGCGACAGGCAGUGGGCGUCGCUUCGUGUUCUGGACCGACACAUGCUCCUCUACCCCUCUGUCUUCUUCUUCUGUUGGGGCCCAGCAGUGUUCCUGGCAGCCAUGAUUCUGUACAACCCCAAAUCAGUGGAGGGAGUUGUGGGCGUCAUUCUCUACAUCUUACAGGUAAAACUGCCAGCUGCUCUGAAACCUACAUCCAAGACGUGUGCAACCUCAGUCCAAGGCUUAACUUCUACUUCCUCAUCCCAGGCCUUCACCUCAUCCUCUCAAGGCCUUCUGAACUGUGUGGUGUACGGCUGGACACAGACACACUUCCGCUCAGCUAGCAAAGAUGCUCUAAGGGACAUGGACACCCAGACGCCACUUCUGAGAUCUCAGAAGAAAGGCUAUAAAACUCUAUGGUCAACACCAUCCCCCAAACCAGAUGAUAUAGAAGGAUCUGGUGUUCUACCGACACCACAUUAACUUACUAUGGUGGUUGUGACACUGGCAAAAGAAAUUAAACAAAGCCUUUUGUGCCAGACUGGGAGUGACGGUUUGGUUUUGAAUCUUGGGGACAGUACCUUGGGAAGCACCUGUUAUACCAAUGAAGCAAGAACACCCUCGGCUGUACACAAGGGACAGCAGGGUCCAACCAGACAGAGGCUGAACUGCUGAGGCGUAAAAAAGGGAAGAACCAGGGAAUUUACAAGGAGAGGAAGAGCAGCUCUGAAACAGGAUCUGAGAGCUCUGUACUUUCAUAGGAAUCAGUCACUCCCUCCCUCACUUGUUUUGACUGCAUCGCUCGUGCAAACAUUGUCUCUACAUUAGUGUUUAGAAUUUCCCACAGUAGUUGGGGACAGCCGAGGAUAUUUGUGAAAGGCUUUGUAACCAACUGGCAUGUCUUUGAUUUAGAGGGGCCCUGAUUGAGCCCAACCGUGUGGAAACAGUGAGCCGCCUGUCACUUUUCAUCUUGAUGGAACAAAGGCCCUCCAUUCACAGAGAUGCUGCUUGACGUACGAGUUUGGCCUGUGGUGUUGUGUGAUGGUCGUAGAUACGCAAGUGUGUGCAAUGUUUAGUUUUCGCCCUGCAUGGGCUUGGUCACAGAAAUGUGACUGUAGGUUUAUGCUCACUCCUUGAGUUCAAUUCUAAACUUUAUCAAAGGGGAUAAUUAUUGCCUUGCAUGAGAACAGGAUAAAUACAUCACAACAUACAAUUCAUUUUUUUCUGAGAUGCAAAUGAAACUGAAUGAAACUGAAUGAAAAGAAUGAAACUGAAUGAAAAGAAUGUGAAUUUCCGGUCUGUCAAUGCAUUGGACUUUAUUUCUGUUUAACUCAAUCCAUCAAUAUGAAAUGGGCAUUGCAGCUCAAAUAUAGUAACUGCUGCAGCCUCAUCAAAACAAUAAAAUCUUGUUUCACUCCCACAUCCGACCAGCUGCAUCAUGGCAGUUAUCAAAGAUGAGGCUGUAGUCAGUGCCUCCAGCUUU